GGGCCGGCGGCUUUGACAUCUCGUGUGCGUAAGUGAUUCCAAAGUCAAGACCAUUGCGAGCCGGACCCACGGCUUAUCAUCGACUGGCCAGUGACGAAGGCAGUCAGGUUAUCGCUGGGUUGAUGUAGCUAACACUGUGCCCCAGUGAUUCAAUUCCCUCGAAAGUAUUGUACGAGGAGUGCUGAUUAUUUCGAAUAUAUGUCGUGUGGGCAAGUGUCGAAUUUCUCGCGUUCACAGAAGGUUUCUUUGUUGCCGUCAAUCGGGACUGACAUCAGUCAACAAUUGUGCUUCGCACCGAUCGCAUCCGUCGAGCCAUAGAUCCCAUAUAUCUAUUGUACGAUAUUAGUACGAGUAUAAGCGCUGAGUUUAGUCGUAAAAUCGCUGAAAUAAUGUCGGCGAAAUUGCUAAUUGCGGCGCUUAGUUUGUGCCAACUGCAGUCGGGGCUAGUACAGGGUAUAUCAUUAUCGCUCGGAGAUAUAACCCUUUUCAAUGUUAACUUCAAAACGCCAACUUUUUUGGGAAGAUCCGUGGCGGUGGACAGCAAUGUGCGGCUGGAGAACGAUGUGGAUCCUGAUAUUCAGGAGGAUUCACACUUAAAUACGUACAGUCUGAUAAAAAAGUAUGGCUACCCGGCGGAGAAUCACACGUUGGAGACGGAUGAUGGAUACAUCCUCACCCUGCACAGGAUCGCCAGACCGGGAGCAACGCCAGUGCUUCUGGUGCACGGCCUACUGGAUAGCUCAGCCACUUGGGUGAUGAUGGGACCGAACAAGGGACUUGGUUACCUGCUCUACGAUCAGGGGUACGAUGUCUGGAUGGCCAAUGUUCGGGGCAAUACGUACUCGAGAAAGCACGUUAAGUAUAGCACCCACCAUGCCAAGUUCUGGGACUUUACAUUCCAUGAGAUGGGAAAGCAUGAUAUACCCGCCACGAUCGACUACAUCCUCAAUUCGACGGGCGUCAGCCAAUUGCACUACAUUGGCCACUCCCAGGGAACCGUUGUGUUCUGGAUCAUGGCCAGCGAGAAACCCGAGUACAUGGACAAGAUCAUUCUGAUGCAGGGAUUGGCCCCGGUGGCAUUCCUGAAGCACUGCCGCAGUCCGGUGGUCAACUUUCUGGCCGAGUGGCAUCUAUCGGUGAGCUUGGUCCUCAAGUUGAUUGGCGUUCACGAGUUUCUGCCCAAGAGUGAGUUCAUCAGCAUGUUCAACCGGAUCAUCUGCGACGAGACAACCAUUACGAAGGAGAUCUGUUCGAACGUCAUCUUCCUGACCACCGGAUUCGAUAAGCUCCAGCUGAACGAGACUAUGCUGCCGGUGAUCGUGGGUCAUUCUCCGGCCGGGGCCUCCACCAAGCAGAUGCAGCACUUUGGACAACUCAACAGAUCAGGAGGCUUCAGGCAGUAUGAUCACGGAUGGCUUAGGAACCACUGGAUCUACGGCACCAUUGAUCCGCCAUCCUAUCACCUGGAGAAUGUCCGGGCCAAGGUGGCACUAUAUUAUGGCCAAAACGAUUGGCUGGCCCCGCCGGAGGAUGUGGAAAUGCUGCACCGCAAGCUGCCCAAUGUGGUGGAGAAAUAUCUGGUGGAGGACAAGGAGUUCAACCACUUGGAUUUCAUAUGGGGCAUCGAUGCUCGGGAACUUUUGUGGGACCGAAUGCUGGAAAUAAUGCGAAAUCAUGAGAAUUCAGUUAUCUAAAGGGGAAUAGGAGUAUGGUUAAAAUUUAGUUAUUCACAGUAUAAUAUAUUUAGGUUAGGUAUUUAUUGUUUAGUAGAAACUAAGACAAUUUUACCAUGGUAAAAGCCAAUAAAACAAGUUAUAAUUAAUA